AUGUCCCGCCGCAUCAUCUGGUCUCCUCCAGCGGCGCAGGUUAACUGCUCCGCUGUAGGCCUCCGCGCAGCGCGCUUUUUCACUGUGUGGUGCUUUUCCGGUGUCACUGCGUUCUUCGCUCUUGGCGCGGCACGGCGAAUGGAGGCGGUGCAAGAGGUGACGCUCUUUUGCACGGUGGCACCGCCCUCGCUGCUGACCGCCGCCGUCUUCUGGCUCGUCAUCUUCCCGUCGCUGCCACCCUACCUCCAGCGCCACGCGUUCCGGUUCGACGAGCUGACGAUGCACGCGCUCUCCGUGCCCCUCCUGAUCGCUGACUGCACGUUGCUGUCUCCGAAGCAAGCCGCCGCUCCCACCGCAAACCUCUGGCUCUGGCCUGUCCUCUUCGCCGCAUUCUACCUCCCCUUCCACUGGGCGUGGCUCGCUGCGGGCGGAACGCCCGUCUAUGAAUUUCUGCGCCCGUCACUGCCCUGGGCGGGCGCCAUCCACGCGGGGCGCUAA